AUGCAGGCAGCCGCAGCCCGACGUGCCUUCAGUUCGCUCGCGUCCAAAAUACACCCUCAGCUGCCUCUUACCCCGCGGGAAAGCCAACAGCUGCUCACGCUUCUCACUACCUCUUUCAGAUCUCAUCUUGACCGCGAGUACCCGACCGGACCGUCAGAAGCGCCUCCUCCGAGCACCACGACUCAGAUUGUCAAAGUAGAACAGCGCAGGCGCGUCCCAUCUUCCUACGAUUCGGCUUCCGAGCACAUAGACUCCAUCCUCUCCAACCCUCUUUUUGCGAGGAGGCCCCACCGGAGAGGAUCCGACUCGGCUGCAGCAGAUGCUCUAAAAGACCCUCUCGCCUGGUUCCUAGAUCAGGCGGCUAUUGGCACAGCCGACAUUUCGAAGGCCAUCUUAUGUCUAGAUGUACUGCAAAGAUCUCAGAACAAGAGCAAUGGGCGAAGAAGUUCAUUAUCCAACAAUGAUACAAGACCGGCGUCGAUGAUUGCAGAAUGGCUACGCACAAGUGGCGAGGAGACAUCGAAAGACUUCUUGGUCAGCUCACCCACUAUGAAUGGUGCCCCCAGGAGAAGCCUUGUCAACAGACUCGUCCCGUUGUUACUUGCCGAGGGCAACCACGCUCCCUUAUGGCGUUGGUACACCUAUGAGCCCGAGGAGGGCGGCGUUCCAAACAAAGCUCAGAUCACACCAUUUAAAGGUCAACUGCUAAAGGAGAUGAUCAACGCGGCGCGAACUCGAGAUGAAGCCUUCACAAUCUUCCUGCAAGCAUACCGAAUGACAAAGACUGAUGAACGCAAUGCGGACGUCAAGAGCCUUCAAGUCGCAGGAGCCCGACUUGUGAAUAUGGUAGUUGCAAGCUCCCAGGUUCCAUGCACCCCCGAACUCUACGAGCAAUUCGCACUUUCCACCCACGGAUGGCUAUUUACUUGGAAGCCUGUUGUCCAAGCUAUGCUCUGUUUAUGCCAUCCUACGCAGGCUGAUCCAGAACCCGGACUCAAACUUAUCAAGAACCCGGAUAGCAUCAUUGGACCUACCCUUUUGAAGCAAAGUAGACAAAAGUUCCUUGUGCGGAUGUGCCUGGGGGUCGCACAGCAAUUGAUCAAGGCGGAGAGGUUUGCGGACGCGCAGAUUGCUAUGCAGUUUACCAAGGAGCAUUUUGCAGACUUGGUGAUGGUCAAGUACCACUCCAGUUCCCAUCAUGCCAUCAACCAAAAGGUCUCAGACCAGAAGAGAAUCCGUGAAGAGAAAAGGAACAUCGCUUUGCUGGAACGUCUCGUGGUUACAUGA